AUGAAUGCCCCCACAGUGCGCAAGCUAUCCAAAAGAGGGACAAGUUCGACCUCUCCGGAUGAUGGGGAUAGUGGACGGCGCAGCAAACGUCCCAGAUUCGUUACGGACUUGACAUCACCACUAUGUGAGGUCUGCCAACGGCUGGACCUCGACAAGAAAUUCGAAAGAGCCCAUGAGGCAUACCGGCGGGUUAGAGCCGGAUUGUUGUCUUCUUCAGAAGAUUUAUACAAAGCGUCCGACGGAAGCUGGUAUUAUGACGACGCGAUUCUGGCACACCGAUUCGAUGAUUCCCUGUCUAAACCAUCAGACUGCCCACUUUGUGAGUUCUUUCGGUCGCUGAGAGUCCAGCCCGAUAGCCACAAGCGAUACAAACUCCUCGCGUUCCGCUGCAGUGAUAGUUGGCUUUUCAAGGCCGGCUGGCUGCACGAGAGCAACGGUGUAAAGUACGAGCAUGACAAAGACGGGGUUUUUAUGGCAGUGGUUCCGGAUCUCGAUCCCAUCCCGCUAUGUGGCUAUCGGGAAAACUGGCUGGACCACGAUAUUCCCGCUACGGGAGCAAUCUACCGUCUCCGACCUGACGAGGAUUCUCAAAGUGCUGAGGAAAAGUAUAUACUUCGCGCGCGAGGGGUUGGCGAAGAGCCGAACCUUGAUGGUGCACGACAGUGGUUGAAUGAACCUCCUGUUGUUGAGGAGAAGCCUUGGGGGACCACAUACCUUGCUCUAAGCUAUGUCUGGGGAUCAACGCCAGAGGAUCUAACAGAUUGGCCAGAGACAGUGCUCGAUGCCGUCGCAGUUACCAAGCAACUAGGUUUCGACUACCUGUGGGUUGACCGGCUCUGUAUCAACCAAACUGACGCUGACGAAAUGGCCUACCUGAUUUCGAGGAUGACCACAAUCUAUGAAGCAGCAGAGCUUACCAUCGUAGCGGCCGCCGGCUCUGGCGCGAGUCACGGCCUCCCGGGCGUACGAUCCAAACCUCGAAGGCCGCAGCCAAAGUACUAUCUGGACAGUGGCAGCGUACUCCUCUCGAUGCUCCGAGAUCCCCGUCGCGACAUUCUCGAGUCGACCUACUGGUCCCGAGGCUGGACCUAUCAGGAAGGUGUGCUCUCUAAUCGACGCUUAGUCUUCACAGACGAGCAGAUCUAUUGGGAAUGCCGGGGCAUGGCUGCUCAGGAAAGUAUCGACGUGGUGUUUUAUCAUGUGCCUGCUACCGAAGCGGAAGAUAAUUCAGAAUUCGUCAUGGCAGACUUCAUGCUCUCUGGCAUUUUCAAGGGAGAUGCUUAUAGUGGAAGCCGUGGCGGGGCCGUGGACUCGCUCGUCACUCAAGACGAAGGCCACCGUCUCGCCUACGGCUUUCCAACCCAAGAGGAAGUGACUGUCCGUGCGCAAUUGCGUGGUCUCAAUGAGCACACUCGGGAAUACUCCAAGAGGCAACUGACGCGUGACGAAGACAGUCUCUUCGCACUUCAAGGCAUAUUCGGAUUGUAUGCGCAGACCAGGCAGCUGUACCUACUUCACGGACUACCCGUGUGGCUGGACGACAUUGUCCAAGGUCGCUCGGGUGCGCAAAUCACGUUCGCUUUGUCAGUCUCGUCGUGGUACCACCGUACCAGCUCGGAUCUACUCAUGUAUGUGUCUGAGGCGUGUCGGCGGAAAACCAACCUGCCGUCGUGGACAUGGGCAGGGUGGGUCGGCACGGUGAGCUGGCGGGCGCCUCCCAACCUGGAGCACUGCGCCUACAUGAGCGACCUGCUCAACGCCGAGUCUCUGAAAUUACUAUGGGCUGCAGACAUCUCCCUUUAUGGAUCCGACCACGCCCGCCCGAUUCACCUGCAAGAGACGUCCUCUGCCGCCCGUCUCGUCAGUGAGCCGCCACCAACCUUGAUUGAAAUCAAGAACCCGCUUCUCCUAAACAGUUUCCAACGAGUAGAGCAGGUUAAGAAGCAAUGGUAUUGGACACAGGCAAUCGGCAGGCCCGGUCGUCAAAAGGCGAAGGCCCAGGAAAUCAGCUGGGACGCGAAGUGGUAUAGGAUAGGAGGCCGGCUAUCCUGCGUGGGCAUGUCGGUUGCAAUGACCGAGCGCGAGUGGGCCGCCAAGCAUGUCUGUGGGGAACUGGUAAGCGUGCUGAUGUUCGCUGGGCAAUACCUCGUGAACGAACACGGGACCGCUCGGUUUUUGACGCUGCGAAAAGUACCGCUGUCUAGUCCCGAACGUUGGGAGAGGGUGGGCACGCUCUACUUGGUCAUUCCAUUCAAUGCCAGGUGUCGAGAUGUGCAAGAGCUCCUUGCAAAGAUACCCGCUGGGAGACAGCAGAGGACUUACAUGGUUCAAUGA